CGUCGAUCCCGAGACAGCCUUGCUCCGACCCGCGAAGGGAGGUCUCAGCGAUGUGCAGAGGCAGGCAGGCCGAGACUUCGCUCUCUGAGAAGCCAGUCUCUAUUCUGUGGCGGCUGCCGUUCCGGCUCCCCUCGCCCAAGCCGUCUCGCGUGCCACGCUGCUGCCGCGCUCUCGCUCGCGCGGGCCGGCCGCCCGAAGGCAUGCUCGUGCAGGGCGUCGACGGAGCCUCGACGCACCGCGACGAGCUGAGCUAUGCGUACGACUGGGCCCUCGCCGUGGGCACGCCAGUGCUCGCGGCACGUGCCGGCGUCGUGGUGGAGGCGUGCGACGUCUUUCGAGCCGGCGCGCCGAAGCCUGAGUACCGACCGCUCGCCAACCACGUCGUGCUGAGGCAUGCGGACGGGCUGUACUCGCGCUACUUUCACCUGAAGCAGGGCUCCCUCCGCACGAGCGUCGGGGCCGCGGUCUCGGUGGGGCAGCCAAUUGCGGCGUCCGGCAACACGGGCUUCUCCUCCGGCCCUCACCUCCACUUCGACGUCACCGACUCGACUCCCACGGAGACGUCCCUCCUCUCGGUCGAGCGGACAGCGACGCAGCAGCAACGCGCGGGCGGUGCUGCCGGCGCCGGCGCCACCGACACCGCCGCCGAUGCCACCGACGCCGCCAAGGAGGCCCCCCCGCCGCCCGGCCUCGUCAGCGGGACAGUCAAGAGCGCCGCCGCCGCCUUUUGCUUCGCGCUGCCGCCGGCCUCGUCGCCGCUGUCGCCCUCGGCUCGGCGGGAGGGGCAGGGGUCUGCGCGGCCGCCUCACCGCCGCGCCUCCGCACGCGUAGGCGCGCCCCGCUCGUACUGGGCGACCCUCCCACCGCAGACUCGCCUCUCGCCGCCUGCGACGGCGCCGUCGUGCUGUUGCGCCGCUGCUUGCACGUUGACUUUGUCGACAAGGUGCGGCGCGCCGAGGCGGCCGGCGCGGUGGCGGUGGUCGUGGUCAACAACAAGCCCGUGCCCGCCGUGCACACGAUGGGGUGGGGUCCGGCCGCACAGAGAGAGGCGCCGCCGGGCGUGCCAGCGGUGAUGGUGCCUCUCGUCGAGGGGGAGGCAAUGGCGGAGGCGCUGCAGCGCGGAGAACCACUCGUGUGCACCCUGAGCGGCUCGCCCCACCUCGGCCGCUUCCGCGGCGGACACCGCGAGGCGAGGGCGGCCGCGUGCGCCGCGGCGAGGGCAGCCACGCCGCAGGCUAGCCCGCUCGACCCGCGGCCGUGGCUGCCCUUUGUGCCCGUCACGCAGCCGGCCGCCUUUGCGUGGCCCGCGGAGGGAGGCUCGCCAGAGGCAGAGGGCGGGCGGCGGGCGUACUUCCCGGCGGUGGGCGAGAUCCCACCCGUGGCGGUGCAGCGGGCGGCCGGGUGGGAGGAGACCUGACUCCGGGGCGCAGUGGGGCGUGUUUAUUUCGCGAUCGUGCCGUUUCAAUUCUCGAGUUUCAAUUCACUCUCUCGAUGUUUCUCCUGACUGCUCGUGACACAGCUGGCUCCAGUCUGUCUCGUGUCUGUCUGUGGAGAGUGAGAGUAGAAGAUAUGCUCCGCUGUUGGCGGAAUUCUUUGCACCUG